AUGGACACCUGGCACCAGAUGUUAUUAACCACUCGCAACGGACAGCUCCGCAGCUCCACAAACUACAACCGAUGCCGACCCCAAAGCGGAAAGUUCGGCAACUGCAAAGACCCCUGUCGCCGUCCGGGCUAUCUUUAUGUCCCAGCAGAAGAAGAGAGAUACCGAGAGACCCGAUGGAUGCCGUUUACAAGCAAGUUUCUCAACUCUGAGGAUCCAGAAACUGCAGCGUAUCUUCACACAAGAGGAGACCACAUCUUCAACGAUACAGACGUCCCGCGAACAUUCUUUAAAGGAUCGAAUAUACCUAUAGAAUGGAUGAAGCUAGCAGGACCGAACGCCAGACCCGAUCUGAUCCUCUGGCAGAAUGGUCUCUGGGAUCAACGAAGAUUUCAAGUCGGCGGACAGAAGCUCCACGAAGGCCAGAACGUCACCCUGAAUGGAGGAUAUAGGAAGCUAGUCUGGGACGAACUGCACUUCUUCUUGGCUCGGACGAAGAAGUAUGCAGAGAUGAUCAUCGGAGAGUUUCCGGAUAUUCCUAUGAUGUGGAGAAGUUUAACAUAUCACCAAAAGACUGGAUCGGGAGGUAUCGUGGUAAUUGAGAUGGAUAGUCUUGGACGCGCUUUGGCAGAGCAGUAUGGACAUGGAGUGUUUGUAUGGGGUCGUAUCAUUAGUCUAAUGGGGCAUUGGUAUGAGGAUGGGACUCAUCCGGGUGAGGGGGCAUUGAGUUGGUUACAGGGAAACAUGAUUCUGGAGUAUCUCGCAAGAUCUGCGAAAUCGAAACUCGGAGGUGAUUAUAGAUUUCCGUAUUUCGACGGAUGGGAGAGGUGCCACGGGGAACUUGUUGGGUGGGGAGGUCGAUAG